AUGGGUUCUCAGGGAUUUAUUGAAGACUAUGACUCCGCUGGGUCUAUUGAAGAGCAGUACUUUGGUGGGUACGCGGACCCAUCUGUUCACCGUGUCAUGUUAGAAGAUGCACCGCGGAUGUCCUUUUUUCGACAAGUGAUGUCGUGUGAUGCCCUUGUGCGGGAUCGUGUAGUCGUAGACGUGGGCUCUGGCACGGGCAUUUUAUCCAUCUGGGCAGCACGUGCGGGGGCGAAGCACGUUUUCUCUAUUGAGGCUUCUUCUUUAAGUCAGGCUCAAAGUCUUGUUAUAGCAGAUAAUGGCUUAUCAGAAAAAAUUACGGUACUUGGUGACACUAUGGAAAACAUUAUUGAAUGUGGUGCUGAGAAAUUUGUAGCUCAGCAUGAAUCCAUUCUAAAAGAUUCUGGAAUUUCAGUAAUAGUAUCGGAAUGGAUGGGAUUCUUUUUGUUGCAUGAAGGUAUGUUACUUUCGGUCAUCCGCGCGCGUGACUUUUUUGAUGAAGUGAACCAACUAUUGGGUAUUUCACGCCGUAUGGAAAUAGUGCCUGAACGGGCAACAAUACAUGUGGCACCAAUGAACUGCGACCCAUACUAUGAGGAACGAUACCAUAAAUUCUGGGGUAGUUUGGACGGUAUCGAUUUCAGUAGAUACGGUAAAUUAGAAUGUGAGGCACGUUUUGAAAAUACAUCACCUCUCAUUGAUACGAUUCCAUCGUCUUGUUUGCUGCACGAGGGUGUAAAAUUUGCAGAGUUUGAUUUGGCUAUAGUUACUCAAGAUGAUCUUUGGGUGAUAAGUAGUGAUGUUCAUUUUGAUCUUCGAUCUUCCCCAGUGUUCAAGAAGCAGUCUUUUCCUGAUCAAGCAGGGCACACUGCUGUUAUUGAUGGAUUUACAGUAUGGUUUGAUGUACACUUUCGAGAUUUGGUGUUAAGCACUUCACCCCAUUCUCCACCCACACAUUGGAAACAGGCAACAAUUCUCCUGCCUUCGAUGGUGCGGUCGGAAAAAAUUUUAUCGUUUACAUCGACUGAAGAUGCAGUACUAGAUGUGGCAUUGACUCUUUCUGCAAUAGAUGACCCCUCUAUGCGAUGUUACACCGCUACGCUCGAGCUAAAGUAA